GUUAGAAUUCUUCUCACAUCAAUACAAACGAUGAAUUAUUACCUCUUGAGAAAGUCAGCUUCAAUCGCUUCUGUACUGUCGAGGCAGACUCGAUCUUCUUUGAUCUCAGUAGAGGCAUUUCGUUUUGCUCCUGCUGCAAUAUCUACUGAAGCUUUUAAAGAUGCCAUCUGUAGCACUGAAAUUAGUUCACCUUCGUGUUUAAAGUUGCCGGCGAAGCUUGAGUUUGGUUUGGGAGCAAGAGGUUUUCAUUUUUUGACUGCCCCGCGUGAAUUUAAGGCUUCUACAGUUACACAAGUGGGUUAUGCUGUUGAUGAUUUAUUAGAUGAAGAGAAGUUAUCUGGGAAGAAGGUUGGUGGUGAGAAAGAUGAGGGGCUUGAGAUUUCCAAGCUUGGGAUUGCUCCCGAGAUUGUUUCCACUCUUGCAAGGAAAGGAAUUACUAAGCUCUUCCCAAUUCAGAGGGCUGUGUUGGAACCAGCAAUGCAGGGGCGUGACAUGAUUGGUCGGGCUAGAACAGGAACCGGGAAGACUCUAGCUUUUGGCAUUCCCAUUAUGGAUAAAAUAAUUCAAUUCAAUGCCAAGCAUGGUCGUGGAAGGAACCCUUUAGCCUUAGUAUUGGCUCCAACAAGAGAGCUUGCACGGCAAGUUGAGAAGGAAUUUCAUGAUUCUGCACCCAACUUGGAUACACUUUGCGUCUAUGGAGGUGUAUCGAUUUCACAUCAAAUGAGAACUCUUGACUAUGGCGUUGAUGUAAUUGUUGGCACGCCAGGUCGAAUUAUUGAUCUACUUAAGAGAGGUGCCUUGAUUUUGUCGGAGGUUCAGUUUGUUGUUCUUGAUGAGGCAGAUCAGAUGCUUGCUGUGGGAUUUGAUGAAGAUGUUGAAAUAAUAUUAGAGAGGUUACCCCAGAAGCGUCAGAGCAUGAUGUUUUCUGCCACAAUGCCAAGCUGGAUAAGAAAGCUCACCCAGAAGUAUCUGAAUGAUCCAUUAACUAUUGAUCUUGUAGGGGAUUCUGAUCAGAAGCUGGCAGAAGGGAUAACUCUAUAUUCAAUAGCAUCAGACAUGUAUGGGAAGGCAUCGAUUAUUGGUCCUCUAAUAACGGAACAUGCCAAAGGAGGCAAAUGUAUUGUUUUCACCCAAACCAAACGUGAUGCUGAUCGGUUGGCAUAUGCUAUGGGGCGCAGUUUUAAAUGUGAGGCUUUGCAUGGGGAUAUAUCACAGAAUCAGAGGGAAAGGACACUUGCAGGUUUCCGGGAUGGGCACUUUAAUAUCUUAGUUGCUACAGAUGUUGCUGCUCGUGGGCUUGAUAUACCUAAUGUUGAUCUGAUAAUACAUUUUGAACUUCCAAGUACUUCAGAGUUAUUUGUUCAUAGAUCUGGCCGAACUGGACGAGCUGGAAAAAAGGGAACUGCUGUUCUCAUUUAUACAGAUCAGCAACACAGGGCUGUCAGAAUGAUUGAGCGAGAUGUUGGAUGCAAGUUUACCGAGCUCCCCAGGAUUGCUGUUGAGGCUGGAGAUCGGGAUUUAUUUGGUGAGAUGGGAGGUGGUGGUCGGUUUGGCUCAGCAGGUGGCCGAUUUAGUGAUUCUAGUUUUGGCCGGUCUGGCUUUGGCCGUUCUGGUGGCUUUGGUAGAUCUUCAGGUCGCAUGGGUGGUUUUGGUGAAUCAGGGCCUGGUCGGUUUGGUUCUUUUGGUGGAUCUAGUUCGGGUCGAUCUGGUGAUGGAUUUGGCAGCUAUGGCUCAAGCCGCUCUGGCAACUAUGGUGGUUCUGGUGACUUUGGCAGUUCAGGUCGUUCGAGUGAUUUUGGUUCUGGUCGUUCUCGCGAAUUUGGUGGUUCAGGUCGUCCAAGUGGUUUUGGGGAGUCCGGUCCAAGCCACUUUGGAGGAUCCAGUUCAAGCCGUUUUCGUGGCUUUGAUGGUGGUAAUCCUGACAAUGAUCGGAGGUAUUCUGAUUAAAGAUUGACAGAUGGCCACGGGGUCGGUGGAUAGUUUCAUUUCACCAUUCAAUCAAGAGCUAGUGAUUUAAUCUGUGGUUAAAUGUAAGUUUUAGUUUAUUUGGUCAUGUUAAAAGCCAUAUAUAGGGAAAGAGAAUGACUGCUAGUUUGUAUUCUAUUGCAAGUCUCGAAUGAAAAUAAUUUUGUUUUGAUA